UUUUAAUGUAAAAACCUUUUUGAGAAACUUAGAAGCUUCAUAUUUAGAAGCCAUAAAAUUCUUGUUGAAAUUAGUCAAUAAAUAUACACACUUUUAAUGCAAAGAAAUUUGCUUUCCAUAAGGCCUCUCUUCCUUCGGGGGGUAGGCGAGUUGGGGGCCUUGAAUGCGCCCAACCGCCUUUUUCGGCCCUCGGUAGCUCUGAUGCAUGCUGCUGCUUCCAAACGACGUCCGGGUAAAAUCCCUCCCAAGAUGGAGAAACUGCGGAAAAGGUUUCAGGAGGACAACGAGUUACCCGUCUUCCUCAAGGGCGGAGGCAUGGAUAAGCUUUUAUACCGCCUGACUUGGGUGCUGUGUUUCAUUGGCCUGGCCGGUGAUCUUGUUUUAUGGUUUGGCUACAUUUUGGCUUAAAAUUCUGGACCCAUCAUCUUUGCUAAUCACAUCAUGCAAUACAAUUUCCAACCCAAAAUAAUGUUUUACCCCAAACACCCUAAACUUAAAGAGUUCUAAGCAGCUUGUGUUGUUGUUUUUGUCCUUUUUCUGCGUUAUAGUUUCAUAACAAACGGCAAUUCAAUAAAACUAUCAUCCAAAAACGUA